AUGCCCAUUGGCCACAACGUGCCAGGCACACAGAGAGCCACUGCCCAGGGCGCGGGACCUGAGAACCGGCCGGCGGGCAGCCCGAGGCCACCUGGAGGCUGCGAGCAAGGCGAGACUGCCGCAGAUCUGCGUGGGCACGUGGGCACGCACAACACGCAGCUAGCGCCGGCCCCGGAGCGUGGGCGCCGUCCCAGCCUCCUGCUUCGGGAGCGCGGCGCCCGCAGCCCCCCAGCGCGGCCUGGCCGAGCGGCGGCCGAGUCUUCCCGCUCCUCGCCACACCACUCGCCACACCCUCAGUUGCCCAUCAGUCCCCUGCUUCGUUUCCCCGACAAGCACCUCUGCUUCCCCGAGGACAUCCGCGCUGCGGCGCUGUCUGCCGCCGGCCUCGGCCCCCACGCCAGGCCCCCUCCGAACACGCUCAUGCCCCCGCUGGCCUGCCCGGCGCGGACAGGAGGCGGCUGGCGCUGCUCCCUGCCCCCGGCUGGGUACGAGCACCAGCUGGGAGCCGGGAAACGGCGCAAGGGGCCUCUUCCCACUUCCACAGCCCCCGUGAAAGUCGAGGGCAUCAGCAGCCUCUUCAGCUCCCUGAAGGUGGUGCGGCUGCUGCGGCUGGGGCGCGUGGCCCGCAAGCUGGACCACUACAUCGAGUACGGGGCGGCGGUGCUGGUGCUGCUGGUGUGCGUGUUCGGGCUGGCCGCGCACUGGAUGGCCUGCAUCUGGUACAGCAUCGGGGACUACGAGAUCUUCGACGAGGACACCAAGACCCUGCGCAACAACAGCUGGCUGUAUCAGCUGGCCCUGGACGCGGGCACGCCCUACCAGUUCAACGGCUCGGGCUCGGGCAGGUGGGAGGGCGGGCCCAGCAAGAACUCGGUGUACAUCUCCUCCCUCUACUUCACCAUGACCAGCCUCACCAGCGUGGGCUUCGGGAACAUCGCCCCGUCCACCGACAUCGAGAAGAUCUUCGCCGUGGCCAUCAUGAUGAUCGGCUGGAUGCGGCUCCUUCGUGUGCGUCUCCGGCAUCGAGCCCAGGCCUGCCACCCGCAGGCACUCAAGACCGUGUUUCGUGAGCAAAACCAGACAUCUCCCAAAGGCCCUGGCAGCCCGCCAACAGGACCAGCAGGUGGGGUGCCCCGAGGAGCGGCGGCCAGCAUGCCCAGGACAAGCACUCACGGCCAGCCACCCGUGGGCCCGCACGCCCCGCCGGGGCCGGCCCCCGGCCCCCAGCGCCGCCACACGCUCCCAGCCAGCGAGUUUCGCUGCCUCACCCCAGAGGACGCCACCAGUGUGUUUGAGAUCGAGCGGGAAGCCUUCAUCUCCGUCUCGGGCGUCUGCCCCCUGCACCCGGCUGAGAUCCUGCGCUUCCUGACCCUGUGUCCAGAGCUGUCCCUGGGCUGGUUCGAGGAGGGCUGCCUCGUGGCCUUCGUCAUCGGCUCGCUGUGGGACGAGGAGAGGCUCACGCAGGUGAGGGCGGCCGGAGCCGGGCCGCUGCCCCCGCAGUGCCCCGGCAGAGGCCCCGCGGCGGCCUGUCCACCAUGGCCAAGCCCGCCGGCAAAGACUCGGGCCUGA